UCAGUCCGCGCUCGGCUGCCGUACCGCUUGCUUACCGUAACCACACCACACAUCCUCGCGCGAACCUUUCAUCUGAGCGACGGCUGCAAAAUGUUCACUUUUCAUUCUUAGUCGUGCCACAGUGAAUUUCCCAAAUUAGUAUUGAUUUAGAAACACUAAAAUGUCAUAGCCGCCUCGGUGUUUUCGUAUGUCGUAACUUAAAAAAAAAACAAAAUAUGAUUAAAACAAUACGAUGUCACGGACGUUGUUGGUGUGAUGGUUAGCGGGGAAAUGAAGUGCAUAGGACUCUAAGAGGUGUUUGAUGGAUGUGGAAAACGCCGAGUGCUGGAAGUCGGGAGGAGACAGGAUGGUGGCAGAAGAGGGAAAGACAAGAGCUACAGACUUUUCGAUCGCGGCCAUCAUGGCUCGCAGCGCGGUAGAACGGCGCAGUCCGGACGCGCGUUCCCCGCCACACACAGCUUGUUUGAUAUCACCAGGGUUAGGAUCUCGGCAGAGUUCGCCCGCGUCAUUGAGCUCUCCCGCGUCGAGCUGCAGGUCGCCCAUACCUGACGAGGACGUCGAGGUGGACGUGGAACAGUGUUCGGAUGGCGAGAGAGACGCGUCUGAUCACGCCGCACCCUCACCCGCCCCAUCUUCAGAAUUAGGCGAACGUGAUACCCCCUCACCGGCCAGACCGCUUCCUCCAGCCACAUCUUGCAAUUGCGAAGAACUUCUGUCCGUGGACUGUCAACUGGAGACCAAAGAGCUUUGGGACAAAUUUCAUGACCUCGGUACAGAAAUGAUCAUCACUAAAACUGGCAGGCGAAUGUUUCCGACGGUGCGCGUGUCGUUCGCCGGCUGCCGGGCGGAGGCGCGGUACGGCGUGCUGCUGGACGUGGUGCCGGUGGACGGCAAGCGCUACCGGUACGCGUACCACCGCUCCUCGUGGCUCGUCGCCGGCAAGGCGGACCCGCCAGCGCCCGCGCGGCUCUACCCGCAUCCCGACUCGCCCUUCUCCGGCGACCAGCUCCGCAAGCAGGUCGUCUCCUUCGAGAAAGUAAAACUCACCAACAACGAAAUGGACAAAAACGGACAGAUCGUGUUAAACUCCAUGCAUCGAUACCAGCCGAGGAUCCACCUCGUCAAACUUCGAGAAGGCGGCGGACCUAUUACCGAUCUGGCGCGCGAACAACACCGCACCUUCGUGUUUCCGGAGACGGUGUUCACCGCUGUCACGGCCUACCAGAACCAAUUGAUUACCAAACUGAAGAUAGACUCCAAUCCUUUCGCGAAAGGCUUCAGAGACUCUUCGCGACUUACGGAUUUUGAUAGAGAUCCUAUGGAGUUAAUGCUGAUGGAACAGCAGUUACUUCGGACGCCGCUGCGGCUGUACGCCGGGGCGGGUCCCGGAGACGAGGAGGCAGAGAAGCGCGCCGCGUGGGCCCGCACUCCUCCCGCGCUACAGCUGUUGGCGUUGGGAGGACGCGCGUGGUCAGGCUGGCCGCAGCCGCUUGCCGUGCCGCCGGACCUGUGGCUGCAGAAGCCCCCCGCGCUCCGCUACUGCCCCUACCCCGCCCCCUCCCGGUCCGACCAUCCACCAUCUCCGAGACACCCCAUGUGAACUCUUGACGUGUUCUCUGUGAAAUGCAAUAUGGAAGGUCUACGGAGCCCGCGGUAUUCGAAUGUAGUGCCGUGACGUCAGUAGCUCGGACAUCGUCGAAGACUACAUUUUAUUCAUGACGUCAUUGAUGACGUAGCGGUACCUAGGAAAUUGUAUGUAUAACUUUAGGCGUUGUCUAUAGUAUUAACUAAUUUACAUGGUUCCUACCACAAAUUGAGUAAAUGAUUCCAACUUCUUAAUGUAAACUAAUGUAGGUAUAUAAAAAUAGUUACCUGCUGAUUAGUUGGUUCGGUUCUUAGAUUUAUGUAUUUUCGUGUAUUUUGUAAAUGACCUGUCUAUUUAAUUGUUUACUGUAUAUUCCAUGUCUGAUACCAAAGAAGUCUGAAUUGCUUAAACUGUUCAAUAAAUAAAAA